CCUUAUCGUUUCAAGCUCAAUCCAAACUGAGUUCAUAGGUUCACAAUCCAUAAAUUCUCACUCUACUUGAUUCUCGAGAUUCAAAGAUCAGAAGGAACAACAGAAGGGAAUACAGAACAGAAAAUGAGUUCCACGAGCAGAGCUUGGAUCGUGGCUGCAAGCGUUGGGGCUGUCGAAGCACUCAAGGAUCAAGGGGGGUUGUGUAGAUGGAAUUACGCCUUGAGAUCUCUCCAUCAACACGCCAAGAACAAUUGCGGAUCUCUUUCUCAAGCCAAAAGACUUCCCUCUUCCUCUUCCUCUUCUUCAAUGGUAAUGGCUAAGAAGGUGGUUCCAGGCGAUGAAAAGAUGAAGCAAUCGGAAGAAUCUCUCAGGAAAGUUAUGUACUUGAGCUGUUGGGGUCCCAAUUGAGUUCCAAACCUCUCUACUGCUCACCACAUGUGCCACUUCAUAGCUGUAUUACUCCCAUUUUGGCCAUUCUGUAUAUACUAUACUGAUGAUUAAGAACAUCAAUUGAUUCUGUGGGAGUUGUCACUAA